GUACAUAUAGAGACCGUUUAACUUUUCAAUAGUAAACAUCUUUACUGUGUCGCAGCAGAAGUUUCAUUUUAUUCCAUUGUGUACACAGUGCGUACUCGAUUUUCUUACCAAGUGACGUGUUGUUGUUUUUUUUUUUUUUUGCUUUUAACCGGUCUCAUAUAUCUCGCAAAAAUGAAUCAAGAAAUCUUGGAUCGUUUGUUCCCGGACCUCACGAGCAAUCAAAAAUACGUUUUGGAUCUGUUCAUCGAGUACUGCGAGACGAAAUUGAUAAAAGUCAGCUGCGAGAACGAACGCUUGACAGAGACGGUCGAACAGCUGGGCAACGACGCGCAGUCCCUCGUGCUGGAAAUCGAACGAUUGCGCGAUGAAAACAAGGAAUUGAAGAUCAAAGUUCGGACGAUGUCGAACGUGAAUCGUCUAUUGCUGCUGCAACAGCAAGAAAAUAGACAGUCGCUCGGCGGUGGCUGCUCCCACGGCGAAAAAGUUGGCUCCAAGAGCGUCGAGAAGCCGUCGUCGUCGUCGUCGUCGUCCUCGUGUCAUCAUCGACGAACCACCACCGCCGUCAGCUGCGAGAAAAAAGAAACGCCCAAUCGAAUCGUCACGAGAUCGAGAGCCAAGGCCAAAGACGGAUCGUCGGCCAAGAAAAUCGUCGACGAUAAGGUCGAAGCGGUUAAGAAAACUUCCUCUCCAAAGACGACGGUACAGCAGACCAAGAGAUCAACGUCGAUGGGCAAAUUAGUCAAGCAGCCCAAGGAUAAGAGUCAACCUCUGGUGAAGGAGAACAUCAGUUUCGAGGAGAAUAAGAAAAGAGGCUUGGUCAGCGAUGUCACGAAAAAGAGACUCCAGGCUGAUAAGCCGAAGAAAGUGAGUCCCGUCGUCGAGGAAAAAUCCAAAAAAGCCAAAAUCAGUCCAGCCACCGGCAAGGAAAAUAAAAAGCCGAAGGACGCGACUUGCGAUCUGAAAAAGAUCAUCCGCAAGAGAACGACCACCGGCGGACUGACGCUGCGCGCCGUGAACGUCGCCGAGUCGCCGAAAAUCAAGUCGGACAAGACCGGCAGCAAAGCCUCGAAGAGUCUUCAGGUUCGUGAAACGUUACGCACGUUGUUUUUCAAUUAUUUGUAGCUAACGUUAUAUCAACACGCUUUUUUUUUGUGUGUCAAUGCAGGAAAGUUUAAACACAACCUUCAAGGUUUCUCGCUGAGAUAUAUCGCUUAACUAUAUAUACGAGUGAACGCGUGUACCACGGGCGAGAGAAUCGAUUUUAUUGAAAUUUGACAUUGUAUUAUAUUUUAAAACAGUAUGACUGUGAUGUAUACCUUGAAAUCGUUGAAUGUAGGAUCGAUGAAUUGUGUGUGUCGUUUUGACUUUCUUGUUGUUUUGUUUUAUUUUUAGUAUAAACAGUAUAACUGUAUAAAUAAUUUAGAUUUAAGUAUUUGAUACGAGUGCGUGUCCUACUAAGUAGGCUCGCUUCGGCCUUACUUUAUUAUGAUAAUGUAUAUAUUCUCGAGGUGUUUCAUUUUUAAAAUGCCACCCUCGAUAUUGUAAUUUAUUAUUAUUUAUUUAAUGAUCGCUCCAUUAUUAAUAAAAUUACGUAUGGAGUUUGCGAUGUAAA